AUGCUCUACGCCACUCCCUUUCCUCCCACCUCCUCCUCCGCAAAUGCCAACUAUGUCAUCACCUAUGAUACACUUCUCGAAAAAUUUGAAGACAUGUAUCCCAUCUUGUUGGAGAAUCGUGUGAGUCCUCAACAAUUCUCGGAAACCAUCGCUCGUUGUAGUCAAAUCAUGCGAGAACACAUGGCUCACAUACAAGCUCGUCCUCUCCGUGCUUUUUUAAUUGUUUUUGGUAUUGUGAUGAUUUCCACCUUGUUGCUUACAGCCAUUCCGUUGAUGAUCUACUUUUUGGCAUAUGCAAAUAAUGAUCAAUACAACAAUGGAUGGUGGGUUUGGAUUACCUUUCCCAUUCUCUAUGUGUUUGUCAUUAUUGGACUUAGCAUGUGGUCCAUCCGAAGAAGACAACAAAUUGUGAAGCGACAUGCUCAAUGUAAAGCCGAUUUGCAACAAUUCCUUCAAUCUGAGAAUCAAAACAAGUACAUGCGAGUAGGAGUUCAAUUCGUGUUGGAUUAUAAUACAAGUAUUAUUAUGGGUAGUCGGUACACGACGAUAAUGACCUACAAACAUUUGGUGAGUGUUCCAUCCGUUGCUCUCUAUAUCAACAACCAACAACAACAACACGGAGGUGCCAUGAUGGUUCCAGUGGUAGUGGCUCAACAACAACCACCCAUGAUGGUUGGACAAGUGGGAUAUCAACAAGUCAUGCCCUCUUAUCAAGUACCACCAACAAGUGCUGCAACUACCACAAGUUCUGCGACUCCAAUCUAUUACACACAGCAACCCAUUCGUGAAGAUGAGAAAAUGGAUCAACCAAAUCAACCCUUGAUGCAACAACAACAUCACUACAUGUAA